AUGAGCAAUAAACAAGAUAAUUCGAAAAUGGGCACAUAUAUUGUUGAAUAUGAUUAUAUUGCUAAAUCAUCAGAUGAAUUAACAAUAAGAAAAGGAGAUCUUAUCACUGAUGCUGUACCAGCUGAAGAUGGUUGGUUGAAAGGAGAAUGUCGUGGAACAUUUGGUCAUUUUCCAGAAAAUUUUGUUACUCCAUUGACGAAAGAAAAAGCUAAAAAUCGAACAUUUGCAAAUGAACUUGGAUCUCGAUUACAAUCAGCAGUUAAUGCAAAUAAAAGUGGUACAUUACGAAAACGACCUGCAAAUGACGAUGCUCUCUUUCAAUCACAACAUUCAAAUAAUUUACCAAAUGGAACAUUAUUUCAAGUGAAAGUUGCCUAUGGUUAUACACCUAUACAUGAUGAUGAAUUAACAAUCAAUCCAAAUGAUGUUAUUAAUGUUACACGUUUGGUUGAAGAAGGUUGGUACGAAGGAACGAUCAAUGGUAAAAUGGGUUUAUUUCCAUCAAAUUAUGUUACACGUAUAAAUGAUGAAACAAAUCAUAAAAAAGAUCCACCCUUGAAACGUAAACCAGUUAAUGGUCUUGGUACAUUGGCUACUAAAGAAACACAUAAACCAGCUUCACCAGCAGCCAUAGAAACACCGCCAUCUCAACAAAAAACUCCAACUACUCCACCAUUACUAACAACUAAAAAGAAUACACCAAUGAAAGCACGUGUUUUGUAUGAUUACAAAAAAGCUGCCGAUGAUGAAUUAACACUUACAGUUAAUGAUAUUGUAACUGUACUAGAUAAGAAUCUUGAAGAUGAAGGCUGGUGGAAAGGAGAAGUUAAUGGUCGAAUCGGAGUGUUUCCAGAUAAUUAUGUUGAAGAAAUUCCGGCAAUGACAACACCAUUAAUAAACUCGAAACAUCGACCAAAUACACCAGAAGCAGGAACAAAAAAUCCUACACAAACGUUACCCAAAGCAAAAAUAACUAACGGAGAUUCAUCUCAUACAUAUUCGAAUGACUCGCGUCCUGGAAAAUCAACUUCCAUUAGCGACGAAGAAGGACAUACAUCACGCAAUCAUUAUGCAGAAAUUAAUAAUCUUGAUGCGAUUGGUACAACAGAAAAACUUAGUAGUUUCAAUAAACCAAAACCUGUUUCAUCGAAACGACCACCUUCAUCAACAAUAAGAAAAAUGGAAAAUGGAUUGAGUAAAACAACAGGUUCCGUUGAGGAAACGAAUCAAAAUAAUCGUCCACAAUCUGCAGAUGCUAAGCCUGAACAUAGAGUUCAUACUCCGUCACCUCCAUCAUCUCAACGAGAACCAGGACAAUUGGAGUCUCCACGUUAUACAAAUCGUCCAUCAUCACUUCAUUCUACAUUAGUAAACACCAAUCAGCAAGGAUCACUUUCACUUAAUAGUACAACAGAAUUAGUUCAUACGGCCACGAAUUCGUCGUAUGUUAAUUCGAAUACAUUAAAUACUAAUAGUACCACCACAACGAUUGAACAAUUACAAAAAGAUUUAUUAAAAAUAAAAGUUUCAAUGGAUGACAUGAAAGUAAAAUUUGCUGAUCAAAUUCGUGAUCUUGUUAGUGAAUUAGACGAGGAGAAGAAAGCACGUGCAACGUUACAAAUCGAACUUGAACGUCUUCAAAAGCAAAUUCAAAAAUCCACCCUUGUUAAUUAA